AUGGCCUUUUCCACGGAUUUUAUGUUCCAACCAGGGCUGGACGUGACGAACUCUAGCAGCAAGCGAGCACUUGUACGGCGAAAGAUUGUCCGCAGACGGACUGUGCCGGGGACCGUUCGCACUUACAGUGUGUCAUCGUCACCUAAGGCCCGAAACUGUGAAGAUUCACUACCAUGCCCAAGUUCGCGCAGCGUCAAUGAUGUCCGCACGACUGACCCGAUGACGUGGAUACGAGACGAAGAGCAGCAGUCAACCAGAAGCGCCGGGGACCUGAUCUUCCCUGCCCCGCCCGGACACCACGUCGACACCUACGGACUGACCAUCAACGGUCUCGGCUACCAUUUUGUAUCGUUGGGCGAACGUCUUUGCCAUAGCAAUAACCCCCACCUGACCUUCGUCCAGCAGUUCUCCUCCAAUUCAGCUUUCGUAGCUAGCAUGCAGGCAUAUGCGGCGCGAGACCUUGAACACCGGAAUCAAUGCUCUACCUCGGAUGCUCUGGCUAGGCGAAUCGACGCUAUCAUGCUUAUAAAUGCAAAGCUAUGCAACCCAGAAAGUUUCGAGCAGGAUGCAAUUGCUGCCGCUAUUCUUGUUGCCAUAGCAAUGGACAUGUCACCGACAUGUUCGUCUGGACUCGGUGUAGAAAUCAGUCAAGAAGCGGCCAUCCACCUUGGGGGCUUCGCAAGUCUCCUGGCCGCACGUCGGCACCCCCUCCCAACCUGCAUUCGCUUCUAUCAGUAUUGGGUCGAUAUACAAACCGCAGGCUCGCUAUCAGCUGUAAUAUACGAUCAUCGCGGUCAUCGGACGCUCACAUUUCGUUGUCUUGCUACCCAGGAGCUUGUGAAGGUGUACGGCGAAGCAUACGCUCACUCAGUACGACUUACAGCCGGUGAUGAGGUGCCAAAAACGUCGUGGCCAGCCCGGUCCUCGAUUUGUCGACUAUGCCACCAGGAAAGCGAGCACUUCAUGCUCGUUGCUAUUCUGUUACACUGCAACAUAUCCGCCAAGUCCGGAAAACUAUACGAAAAGAGAGCAUUGCCUCCGGUAUAUGUAGAUCUUUCGCUGUCUGGAACUUCCGCUGGCAUACCGGAAACGCUCGAAGCGAUCACAUAUGCUCUGCUUAUCACGGCGAAGGCAGAGGAAAUCGGCCAAGCAGAAGGCGACGACAAAGCUCAAGUGCUGCUAAGGUGUUUGUACGCCUACCAAAGACUUGAAUGCGUCGUAAAACAUCGGCUGAGCUCGAUGUUCCUCAUUAUGCUUAGCGGGACCUCAGAUUUGAAAAAUUCACUGUGGACACCAGAGGCUUUCGGACGGCUGGUGGGAGUUGAGCGGUAA